AUGUUCCGUCGCCUCGCCGCCUCUCUCCUUGCCACCCUGGCCCUGUGUGCCCUCGCCGCUCAUGCCGCCGAGUGGCAGAUCACCCAGCCCAAUGUCAUGACCAUUGCCAUGGGUGUCAGCAUCCCCAAUGACGUUAUCUAUGUCACCGGCUCUGACAACGGCACUGGCGCCCGUAUCAUGCGCUCCUUCGACAAUGCCGCCACCUGGGAGGACAUCAAGCCGGGCAACGAGAUUUCCCUCAUGACCCUGGCCAUGCACCAUAACCCCCACACCAACACCACCACCGGUAUCGCUGCCGGUAUCGGCAUGUACCAGAUCUUCAACGGCAUGGCCGCCGCCCAGGACAAUGGCGACACCUUCGAGACCAUCGGCGAGCCGGUCUUUGUUGCUGGCUACCAGGCCUCCGGUGUCACGCCCUCCGGCACCAUCGGUGUGGUGGGCAUGUGGUCGCCGAAUGUGCGCGAGCCGCUGACCUACGGCAUUCGCAUGACCAACGACAACGGCCAGACCUUCACCGACUCCACCUGGCCGCUGGAGGAGGCCCCCAUUCGGUAUGCCUCCUUCCCCUCGGAUGAUGUGUGGUACGCUACCGGUGGUACCUGGCCCACGUCCACCUCCGGCCGGAUGGCCGGCAAGCACCACCACGGUGGUGCCCGGCACCAUGCCCCGCGCGACCCGACCCGCAAGUCGGCCAUGCUCAACGAGUUCUUCAAGUUCCGCACCGUGCGCGGCAACCAGGCCAUCGAGUACCUGCCCACCUCCACCGACCCGGCCGCCCACGCCAAGGACCUGGCCAACUACGUGGGUGUCAUUGCCAAGACCACCGACGGCGGCCGCACCUUCAACACCGUCUUCCAUGAUGUUGGGAACUUCUACAUGAACGGCAUCGACUGCCCGAGUGUCGACCAUUGCGUCGCCGUGGCCGAGGGCCCGGCCGGCGGCCACAUCUUUGUUUCCGACAAUGGCGGCGCCUCCUGGAACCAGACCUACACCCACCCCGAGGCCGGUCUCUUCAAGGUGGCCAUGGUUUCCGAGACCCACGGCUGGGCCAUCGGCGGUGAGGUCAACCCCCAGACCUUCAAUGGGCUCUUCCCCUCGACCGAGGAUGGCGGCUUCACCUGGACCCAGGCCCCGCUGGUCCCGCAUGUCUACGUCAACGAUGUUGCCUGCACCAGCAUGGACAACUGCGUUGCCACCGCCUUCCACCGCAACGGCCAGAGUGUCAUUCUGCAGCUUGCCUAA